AAACAUAAACGAGGUAAAGACAUUUUGAAAUAAAAGGCAUGAAUGGGUCGGCCAUUGAAAACUUCUCCUGUGUGAUUUAUAACAUCUUCCUCAUGAACUGCACUUGGCAGGCAGGAAGGGAUGCUCCAGCAGACACACAGUAUUUUCUCUACUGGCAGAAGUCGAGAGAUGAAGAAGAGAUGGAAUGUGAGCUUUACAUUAAAGAUGAAAAUUGUAGAAAUAUGGGAUGUAUUUUCCAAAAUGUGAGCAUAGGGAUUGAAAAAGCUUACUUUCUGGUGAAUGGGUCUAGCAAAGACUCCGUGAUCCAGUUCUAUGAUGAGUACAUUGACCUGUAUAAAAUUGAAAAGCUCAUGCCUCCAUCAAAUAUCACAGUCAACUGCGAUGAAAUUAAAAAUGAUUGCAUAAUUCAAUGGCAACGACCCCAAAUAAGUCAUUCUAACCAAGAUAUGUGUUUUAAAUAUGAAAUUAAUGUAAACUAUAAGGAUAAUCUUAAAGGAAAACCCAUAUAUACUUCCAUACAAGAAGGGGGAAAUAGUAACCUAUUUCUAAGAUCCAACACAAGAAAGAAGUAUGUCUUGAAAAUGAGAGCAGCUGGCAGUGCCUGCUUUGUGAAUCCAGCCUGGGGGGAAUGGAGUGCACCUGUUGAGUUUGGAAAUGAGGAAAUUAUAUCUUCUUCGGUAUGGAUUUUACUUGGGGUUGCAACACCCUUAAUGGCAAUCAUCACAAUUUAUUUAUGCAAAAGGACUGGCUGUUGGAAGACAGCAUUUCCACAGAUCCCCGGACCAAAACCUGCUUCAUUUACAUGGGCUGAUACAAACUCAGAGCUGAUGGAGAGCAAAAUUCAGUCAAUAGCAUCUGAAAAUGAAGAGAUAGUAUUAGUUGCUGACGGUGAGAUAACCAAGAAAAAUGGAGGAGUCUGA